AUCGUUAGCGGAGAUCAUCCCUCUAGGGCUCUCCCCACUGUAAACAGUCGAGUGUGGUUCGCCGUAUAAAUGCAAGCGCCACCCACCACGCCGCGCGGGGGCGCGGCCGGGGACGCGGCAACCCCGCCGGAGCCGGCGCGCCAGUCCAUGGAUCCACCAAAACCGCGCGCCGCGGCCACCAAGCGAAGACCUUCACCACCCUUACUAGAGACGCCCGCCAAGCGCACGCGCGGCGCGGCGCCGGCGACGACGACCGAGGAGAAGUUGACUGGUGACGCCGACGACGCGCGGGCCCAGGCGCGCCAGAAGUUCGCGUCGCAGGACUUUGUCCAAGCCGCAGCCCUCUUCGCCGAGCAUGCGGCAGCCUGCCGAGACCCGAAGGACGCGUCGAAGGCGAGGGCCGACGAAGCCGCGGCCUGGUUGAGUGCCGGUGUAGCUGAACCCGCGAACAGAAGAGCACACGCCGAAAAAGCUUACGAGGCGACGCAAAGCGCUUUGGCACUGGAUCCGACGCACGUGCGCGCGCGACUGCGCCUGGGCAAGGUCUAUGUAUUGUUGGGCGACCUCGACAAGGCCCGGGAAGCGUUAUCUUCACUGGCUGAUCAUCCCGACCAACAGAUUGCUCGAGACGCGAGGAAGGCCCACGCGCGGCUCAGUCCGCAGCGCAACCCCAUGGGGAGCCCGCCGUCGACGCGAACUAGGUUGCGCCGACUCGCGGCGGCGCAGCACUUGGCCGCGCUCGGCUUGGCCCCGGAGCAGUGCAGUACGCCAAACGUCAAAACGGCUCACCGGACCAUCGUGGCGCGCGUCGACACGAAGUCGAAACAACCGCAGACGGCGGCUACUCGCGCGAGAUUGCGGGCGGCCCAGGAGGCGUACGACACCUUGGUCGAUGGCGCGUCGCGCGAAAGAUACCUGUGGAAAUUUGAAGUUAUUGGGAGGAAGGUCGACUUAGGUGCGAAACAUGGCGGCGCCGCUUUAGUGGUGGACUACGACGAGCCGACGGACACGCACGUCGUCGAGUACCCGCGCCACCGCCGGCGGGCGAAUUUGCGGCUCCGGCCGCCGGACGAGGCUCCUUCCCAAACCGAGGAGUCUUCGGUGCCGUAAGGCUGUUCAUAGUA